CAUCGGAUAAGGUGCUACUGUCAGUUUUGUUUGUUUCGUCUUCGUCUGAUAAUAAAUACAAACUUUUCUCUCUUCGUGUUUGAGAGUCGAGACCAGGAUUUUAAUUGUAUAUCAAUAUAAUUUUUGCAUUAAAGGUUGUGUGCGUGAAUUAUUUGUGGCAUGCCUUUCUUGGUUGACCCUAAAGUUUAUUCUGUCAUCAACCCUUGCUUUACGUGAGCGUGAGCUGCUGGCCGGAGUAGGAAUAGCUUCGGGGUGUUUUCUGAAUUGCUUUUCUUUGGCAUAUCCAUGUCAAAUGACAGUUGAAGCUUUUCAUUCCUAGUAAUUUUGAGAAUAUUUAUUGCUAUAUUUCACGAAAUAAUUCAAGUUUACCCUGAUGUACGUCUGGUAGUUAAAUUUUAAUCAAUAAUGGAAGUUACUCCUAUGAGGUGAAAGUUAAAAGUUAAGAGCUUUUGCAGGACAGCCUCCUCAGCAACAGUAAUUUUUUAAAAAUUAAUACUUGUUUGAUCUAUCAAAAUAUCGUUCCUCUCCACAAUUAAAUCAGUGCACCAUGAAUAUCUGCAUUCGGAUUAUACCCAUCCAUGUAUGUAAGGUGUGAUCAGAGCAUCAAGUCCAUUUCUAAGGUACGAUUCUACCAUCGUCGGCAUUCGUCCAAGAAGCAGAUACGGAGACAAUGCAAACAAUUGUCUUUUGGCUGGCAUACCCACCAUUUUUGCUGGUUUGUUCAGAUGCUCAUUCUACCACGUAUCAUUCGAAUAAGUCGUUAGAGUGAUGAAAAUAAUGCUGCGGUGUUUUCUCGAUGAGCGACCAACCAUACUCGGAUCAUGAGUCGCAGCCCGGGUCCCCUCGGAAGCGGCCUCCAUCCUCUAGUCACACCCGCUCAUUCCUCUUGCAAGUUGGCAUCCAGCUGAGCGAUGCGAGUGAAUGGUCGAAGCAUUCGGAUUCCGGUCACUUCUCAGCUUGCUCGUCGUCGCUCGUCAACGUGUCUGCGCCCGCUGCUGUUCCUCUUCCUGGUGCUCUUCUUUUGGCUCCAGCUCUACUUCACCCACAUCGCCAACUCAAAGGCUGACAAAGGCUCCUCCUCCGCCGACAAUGAUACCGUAUCUGAUUCCAUUAGCGUCUUUAAUAUGGUUCCAUCUGCCUACCAAAAGUACCUGACAGUAAAACCAAGCAAUUUCAGUGGAGACAAUGUUCCCAAAGUGCCUGAUCCUUAUGAGAUACAACGAAAUAUUGAAAAGUAUAAUGAGAUGCAAACUGUACUCAAUCAAAAUAUAUAUGGACCACUUUACAAUGAUUCUCUUGUUCUAGUUAUUCAGGUACAUACCAGGAUAAUGUACCUACGUCACAUGAUAGUAAGUCUUGCUCAAGCCAAAGGAAUCGAGAACGUGCUGCUUGUCUUCAGUCAUGAUUACUAUGAUGAUGAAAUUAAUGAGCUUGUUCAAACAAUUGAUUUCUGCAAAGUUAUUCAGAUAUUCUAUCCAUUUUCCAUACAGACCCACUCGAAUGAGUUCCCAGGGGAGUCUCCUGGAGAUUGUCCCCGGAAUAUCAAUAAAGAGCAGGCAAUAGCUUCUAGAUGUAACAAUGCUCUCCACCCAGAUGUGUAUGGUCACUACAGGGAAGCCAAAUUUACACAGACCAAACAUCACUGGUGGUGGAAGGCAAAUAGGGUAUUUAAUCAAUUAGAAAUCACUCGAAAUCAUACAGGUUUAGUGUUAUUUUUGGAAGAAGACCAUUAUUUAGCGGAAGAUUUCAUUCAUGUCCUAGGACUGAUGGAAAAGACUGCUAGAGUUACGUGUCCUCAAUGCAAUAUUUUCUCUUUAGGAACCUACCUUAAAACCUACACUUAUUAUGACAAUGCACAAAAGAAAGAAGCGUUAAGACUUGUUAAAAAGCACCAAAUCUACUCGAGCAACGCUGCCAACUCGCCUCCAUCACCAUCGUGGAGUUUUCAAGUUUUACCGUCUCUUUAUCAACAUUACCAGAAGGUAGAGCAGACACCGUGGUUGAGCAGCAAGCACAACAUGGGAAUGGCAUUCAACCGAUCCGUGUGGCACGAAAUCUAUAACUGUGCAAAAGCCUUCUGUACGUUUGACGACUACAAUUGGGACUGGAGCCUUCAGCAUGUAUCCAACAACUGCCUGCAACACAAACUUGAGGCACUUGUCAUGCGCUCACCAAGAGUCUUUCAUAUUGGAGAAUGUGGAGUUCAUCACAAGAGUAGCUGCACUAGUACCAUUAUCAUAUCGAAAGUACAAAAAAUCCUUCAGCUAGCGUCCAAACAUUUCUACCCAAAGCACUUGAGUGUCAUUUUCAUGACUGUGAAAAAGAAACCCCUGAAAAAGGGCAAUGGAGGUUGGGGCGACAUUCGAGAUCAUGAACUCUGCCUGAAUAUGACCAUUCCGCAGAGGUAGUUUUUACCUCAAGCAAUCGUUUGCCAUGCUCAUUUGUCCUGAUUGUUGUUUUUUUAUAGUCUCUUCUUGUUUUUAAAAACUGUGAUAUGUCGAAUUUAUAGUCUUAUAUUUAUCAACAUUUUUAUUAGUUUCUUGUAAUGUGAUGAUGAUGUUUGUCCGUGCAAAGGUAAUUUAAGUCUGAAGUUAAAAUUAAGGAUCCCAGCGUGUAAAAUUCAAAUCAAAAGACCCGGAGCAGUUUUUGACCAAAGUUAGGAGAUGCAAUCUUUGAUUCCUCCUGUUUGAUUGGUCUCAUUACCAAAUCAUCUGCAAUUCGUUAUUCUUUUCUCAAUUUCCCAAUUCAAUAACAUUGAUUCUAUGAAAGAACUUAAAUAAUGGAAGGACUGUUAUAAGGGAGGAAUAAAAGAAGAAUGACCAAAUCGAGAAACUUCAACAUUUUUGCUGGAUUUGAUAAGGGGAUUCCUCCUUUUCCCAGAGCUAGCUGGAUGUGCUAAUUUUGUGAAAGUUGAAGAUGAACUAUUUGGAUUACUUGGUUAUUUCUCUCUAACUCUAUCCCAGCAUCAUCACAGCAGCUCAAAAAUAAAUUGUCCCUAAAAAUUAUUUUGACGAAAAUUCUAUUUCGUAUCUACCCUAAACAUCACGACUCUGCACGAUACAAUGGACUGGAUAUGUAACGUGAUGACUCUUUUGAUCGAUCAAGAUGCUAAAUACGUUUCAAUCAGUCAGCAGCUACACUUCCUCACUUAAAUUAUCUUGGCUGACAGCAUCUCAUCAUCAGCAUUUUAUUUUUUUAACUAUUAAGGGUGCAUUUUUGUAAUCAUGUUCAUUUUCUCUGUCUGCAAUGCACACUUGAAAUGUCCGUAAAAUCAUCGGAGUUGCCAAAUAGAUUGCGCAGUGUUUUCAUCUUUCAAUUAGUUUUUUUUUUUUUUUUUUUUUUUUUUUUUUUUUUUUUAAGUUACUGUCAAACCAUGGAAAAAAAAAUACUGUCAGAGCAAUUUUUAUAGUCUUUUACCAAGUAUUCAUCCACUGUUUUUCUUCCAUACAAUGUGGCCUGAAGCAAAAACCUCUUGUUGCUGUGGGGUUCUUGUCCUAAAUGCGCCACUUCAUUUUACUAUGACUGAAAUCAGAACAUCCUAAUUGUUGAGAGGAAAAUGCUUUAUGUUUUUUGUUCUCAAGUUCUGUUUAUUCUAAUAAUCCCAAAUUAAUUAACAGAAACACUUUUUUUUUCCUAGUAAUCUGUGGCAGAAAAGCAAGGACCUCAGUUUUCUCACUUUAUUUCACAAUUAAACAUAAAUGAAAUGAAGUUAUACAAAACAUCAUAGACAAAUGUUUAAAAUGAAAUUUAAUUUCUGCGGAUAACGGUUGGCAACUCUAAAAUAUGUAUCUUUUCCUUGUAUUACUCUUUGUUGCAAGUACCAAGUACACCUUGAUCAAAAAUACCACCCAACACUAUUUCAUAUUUUUGGGUUCAGUCCUUAAAGUACUAUUAUAGGUAGGUAUCAAUUUUUAAAUGAAAGUUUGGGCACAUCUCUGCUAGUGUGUGUUUGGUUUUAAUUUGGUUCUUGAUCUGCUGUUUCAAGCAGAUCCAAAGCUUUAAGAUUAUUUUUCCCUCAAUGUAACCUAGCCAUAGGUUCCUCUUAACUUAUUUAGUUUGUCAAAAACCUUGUAUGUAUUGCUCAUGUUCUUGCAUUUUUCUUUUUAUGUCUCUCAAGUUUUUGGAUUGGUUGCAACCUUACAUUUUUGUCUUAAUUUUUGAGUUUAGAAAAAUAGGGGAUUGUCUUUUCCUCAGUUUUUCUCUCAAUGUUACCUACAUACUCAUGGAUAAUGUAAUGUAAUGAUUUGAUCUUCAUCAACCAAUGUAGCACCUUUCCUUUUAAAUAUAGAUUUUACGCAUUUUCUUUCCCAAACUAAAAUCAAUUUUUAAAACCUCAGUCUAGAAACGGAAAAGCCCAAUUUCUCAAGAAUUUUCUAUUUUGUGAAUGGUGAUUAACUUCAAUAGUAGCAUUAACUUAUCAUUUGCUCAUCAAGUUUAAACCAAAAAGGACUUCUUUAAAAUGUGUUACCAAUCCACCGUGUUUAUUUAAUAGCAGCAAUCAAUCCUGCAUGGAAUGCAAACCAUUUAGGGAUCGGAAAAAUGUAAAUUUAACCAGUGAUUGCUUACUUUUUCUCUCCUUAAAAAAACUGUCAAAAAUGGAUUAGAUCAUUCUCGAAAAAAUACAAUAUUACUUGAGUAUGUUUUACCAAUUUAUCCUCUGUUCUGUCUUGAUAGCAAUAUGAAGAGUGGAACUAGUCUAUGACUCCAUACUUGCACUUAUUGGCAAUUGUGAAUUUCAAGUGUCCCUAGUCGAGUGUAAGUAGGUCUAAACUUUUGUUGUUACCAUUUUGUUUGGGUACUAUCUUUUUUUAAGUGAAACGGGACAAAAAACAGUGGGCAUAGAGGGCCAAGAAUUUCCACAAAAAGCCUUGGACCUUUUGGGGAUCAUCAUAACUCCUCUGUAGACCAGGAAACUACAAAUUAAUCAAAACUUAAAGCAAAAAUCAGACGAUUCUACCUAUGAUAGUGAUAAUGGAGCAUAGAUUUUAUCCUACACUGCUUACUUUUUACUUUUUCAGGUUACACUCAGCCAUUAUCACUUUCGUGGGAUUUUUCUCAAAGUUUAAGUUAGUUUGUGUUUCCUGAAAAAUCAAGGGACUGUGAAUGCUGUGAAACCAAAUAUCAGGCAUUUUGUUUUGAUUUUUUGUCUGUCUUUGCUGUCUUGUACUAUUGUGUUUUUAAGUCUCCAGACUAUUUUAUGUAUUGUUUUCUUUUUCAAAACUAUGCUCGUUUAAAAUUGUACUUUUUAUUUGUUUUUUAUGUGCAUUGGCCUAAUUGGCUAAAGUAUAUGUUUAAUUAUCCUUAAUACAUGUGUAUGAAUGGAAGAUUUUAUUUAAAGUUAAGAAUAAAAAAUAAAUAAAAAUGGAAUUGUACCUCUUAUUGAGAUAGUAGUAAGGGUAGGAAAUGAGUUCUUUCAUUUGAAGUUGUGAAGAACCGUAACAUAAUGGAAUUAAUUUUUUCGCCUCAUAUUGAAAACUGACUCAGUCUUUAAUUAACAUUAAUUCAAUGCCAAGCUCUUGGUGUCGGAUGGAUUACAUUAACGUUUCUCAUAAUUUCAUCAUGCACUUUAGGCAAGAGUCUUGAAAUUAACGCUUAGAAUUUUAAAUCUAUUGCAUCUGUACUUGGCACAAGGCAUUCUGAUUUGAAUUUAAUCUACUCUUCCAUCUUUCUCUACUAAUUCUAUAAAUUACACGUUUCUACCAUAACUAUGAAGUUCACCGUGUUUUUUGAGCAUCUGUCGGUUUUGAAUUGUAUUUUUUGCUAACUGAAUGAUCAUACUGGCAGAAUUUUAAAUAACUUUAAAAGUGCAUAGCCAAUGUUUUGUUUUCAAUUUAUGACAAUCUUUUUAGGUGGAAAGUGAUUUUUGCUGAUCAUCUCCCAUUCCUCUCCCUUCAUGAAUUGUUAGGUGUAAGAUCAAAAUUUUCUGUUUUUGUCUCACAGCUGGUUUUCUAAUAUAUCUAACCCAUAAUAUUAGGCCUCACUGACCAAAGCCUGAGGUCUGAAAAUGUUCCUCCUUGUCUACCCAACCUUCUAUAAUUGGAAUUUCAAACCCAGCAAUAUCGUUUCUUUCUGACGUAUAUUUUAUCACAGAAUAAUUAAAAUUGUUUACCUCUUUUGGGCAAAUGAAUACCAGCCUCAUUGUCUCCUCAUAUGUCCUUGUUUCCACCCACCUUUUUCAUGAAAUUUGUCCCAUGGUCAAAGUGCUGGAAUGAAACUUCGAGGAUUUCUCCUAGUUGUUGUCUCCACAAGAUAGGGCUCUCACAUUCCAAUGACAAGUUUACAUGGGAAGAUAAGUUAGUAAAAAUCGAGGAACUUAAUGGAAUCAAGAUGAUAAUUGAACUCAAUAAACUAUUAAACAAAUUACUUAAAUUACUUAAAUUAAACAAACAUGAACAAUGAGUUAACAACAAAACAUCACAAAAUUAGCUUUCACUUCUUUUUCAUCUUUCAGUUGGUCUUAACUCUCUGCAGAAUUCUACUUGUUACUUCAACUACUAUUGAGUCAGUCAAUUUUCGUCCCAACUGUGCAAGUGAGACUUUUCCUUGCGAUAAAUCUCAUGAAAAUAUCCUGUGAAGACAAGGCUUAUGACAUCUGUCAAAUCAAUUGUAUGUUGUCAAAUCCUUUUAAGUCAACAAGCUAGUAUACACAGACAGCAUCACCCAGAAUCAGCCAAACUCUCUCAGACCAUGCCUGAUUUUGUCUCAUGAUUUACUUUUAUAACAGGAAACUAAAUAUUAUAACACCUUGAGACUCUCUGUUGAUUAUAACAAUUUACUCUCAAAAUUUCAUGGCUGAGAGUUACACAUUUUUCUGUUGAAAGAUAAAAAUGAAAAGAUAGUAGGCAGCAUGCGAUAAUUAGACCGAUUCUGAUAAAUAAGUCUAUUUGAGAAUUUAAUUAUAAAUAUGUUUAAGCCCUAUAGGCUUUUAGCGAGAUUUUCACCAUAAAGAUUUACCUCACAAAAAAAAAAAAAACAACAACAUAUCGUUUACUUUUAGGUUAGUUCCUCAAAUUAGUCAUUUGUAUAUUUCAUCUUGUUACCAUCACAAUUGUUGAAUUUUUUUGUCAUAGAUCAUAGUUUGUCAUUAAUAUGAUGAAAGGCAUUUUUAAUUGGUUUCCAUCUCCCCCACUUUUUUAAAAGAAAAUUGUAUUUUCUCUCUGUGUAACUCAGUAUUUCUUUUCCCCCAAGUGUCAUUAAAUGUACCUAGCUUUAUGUUAGACAAAAAAACUGAAGAUGAAGUGUUAUUUCCUGAAAUUUCCAAGGAAUUAUAUUUUUAAUAUUUAUUUUGAA